AUGGUGGAACCUAGUAACAUUGCCAGAUCAUUGGCGCCAGCACCUCCAGGCUACCAGCGAAGACACAGUGCGGAUAACGUAAAAUCAAGAAAGAACAUCUCAACUGCGUGUACUGCUUGCAAAACACGCAAAUGGAAGUGCUCCGGAACGGUUCCGUGUGGUAACUGUGUUCGAAGUAAUACCGACUGUGUCAUCGACGAAUCCAAUGAUAAUCGCCGCCGACUGGCUGUGAAACGCAAGGUCGCCCAGCUAGAAGACCACAAGAACUUGUUGGACAGAUUGAUCGAUACGUUUCGCUACUCGACCAACGAGCAUUUCCUACAGGUGUUAGAGCUUAUCCGCCACAAGAAAGCUUCCCUAGAAGAGAUCAAGGAGUAUCUCCAUGGCAAUGUGUCUGACAGCGAGCUUAAAAUCACUCCUGAGAUCAUGGCCAUCCACAAUGCGUUGGAAAAGAAGGUCCACCUGAGAUCAAAGCACCGAAUCCUGGAUGUCACAUGGCUAUCACAUAUCCCAGUUGUGGAAGUAUCAGCCAAACCAUGGACGAGCGUCACGGAUGAUGACGGCUUGGUAUCAUAUCUCAUCUCACUUUGGUUGACUUGGAGCCAUCCCUUCUGCAACUGGGUCGAUCGCGAAUUCUUCAUUCGUGAUAUGAAAUCCGGAAACGUGUACUCCAAGUUCUGCUCCCCAUUGCUGGUGAAUAGUAUAUUAGCUGAAGCUUCUUUCUAUUCCGACUACCCUGAGGUUUUCAAAGAUCCAAGUGAUCCAAAUUCCAAGGGUAUGCAUUUCUAUGAGGAAGCAAAGAGACUUCUCGAGAUGGAAGAGGGAAAAAUUAGCAUUCCCACCAUUCAAGGAUACGCCGCAUUACUUUCUAGCACGGUCUUGAUGGGGAAAGAUCGUCUUGCCUUGUUAUACCUCGGCCAGGCAAUGCCCAUGGUAGCUGAACUGUCGGCAGCGUAUCCACGAGACCGGCCCAAUGUUGAUGAACAAGAAGCAAGAGCUAUUGACAAUACACUCUGGGGAGUGUAUAAUCUUAUUGCAAUGUAUUCGAUUGCUUUCAUGAAACCUCUGGAGCUAAAACCGCCCCUGAGACCCCGGUUGCCAUGUGGCCACAAAGAUGAUAGCAUGAUCUGGGAAGCAUAUCCUCGUCGGACGGAGAAAGAGCCAUCUCACCUAGAAUGCAUCCUAAAUAGCCUAACUAAUCUAAACGAGCUCAAUAUCGAGGCGACUCAACGAAUCCUAAAGGAUGUCGCACGCAGGCCAGUACCCCGUUACGAAAUUGAGACAAACGUUAGCUCGAUCUACCCUCGCCUACAGAGCUGGGUUGUGGAUUUGCCUCGCUGUAUCCAAGAUGGGCAAUCAUCGGUUCCGCACAUUUUUCUUUUGCAUAUGUACUACCACACGACAAUCAUGGUGUUAUUUGGGCUUCUGAAAAGCCCGCUGAGAUCAUCAGAGCGUGCGCGGUUGAUCUCACCCGAGGAAGCAAGAGAGACAUGCAUUGAUUCGGCGCUGCGAGUUGCCGAUAUGAUCCGCAUUCAUCGUAAUAAGUGGACUCUCGAGUACAUCUCCGCAACGGCGAUGCACUGGGUUGCCAUCGCCCUUUUCACGUUGCUUGAUAAUCUCAACGAGCCGCGGAGUCGAGGUGCAUUCGUCGAGCUCUGUUUCGUGGCCCGGGUGUUUUCACGACGGUGGCUUUUAGCCAAGGGGAUUCUGCGAAUGAUCCAUAUCACGGCCAAGCAAAUGAAUAUCCAGCUGCCGACGGAGACGGACAUGCUGCUCGACGAUUUCUCGGCCAAGGUGUGGGAGGCGGGCAAGGACGGAAUAUGCUUCAGCAGCGCAUACCCUAACUUCAUACUGCUUUCCCAGCGCGUGUCUGCGCUUGGAGGCACCUUCGAAGACCCAAUUGACAUGGACGAGUGGCUAGCCAAGUGGGAUGGGGAGAAGAGCUCGUCGGAUGGGCGACAGUUCAAGGUCAUCGCAGGGCGGCUGCCUCCUAUCGCGUGA